AAUUUACAAAAAAUGCGCAGGCCUUGAGGAGAGGAAGAAAAAAAAAAGGAAUCACCUGACCGGAGACCGGAGAGAGAGAAGUCGAGAUCUCUUCUUUGUUACAACCAAGUUUGCUUCGUCACCGGCGAAAGGUCGCGAAAUCCUCUUCCCCGACGUUAUAAUGCCGUUUACGACGGUGGUGGAAGUGGAGGCUCCGAGUCUGUUACGUUACUUGAUCGGAUCGGCGGUGAUGAUGAUAGGCGUCGUAUUGCCAGUCGGUUACAUGAUGUUCCGCAACAAGCGCGUCCCUUCCUCCUCUUCCUACUCUAAACAGACGUAAGGAACAAAGUUUUGAUUUAGAAAGACAGAGACUGGGGUUGAAUUCAUUUGGAUCGACAAAGAUGAUGGAUGACAUAUGGACGCUUGUAAAAUUAUGGGGGUAUUUCUUGUUUUGACAUGGGUUGGCAAGAGAUUCUUAAGAGAUUAAUAAACCUAGAAACAUGAGUAACUUUUCGUUAUUCUUCUUGGUUAGGUUAUGCAAGGUCUGUUAUGUAACACAACCUCUCUUCUCUUUGGUUGAAACAUUAAUAGAAGACUAGUUUUGGUUCA